AUGGCUGAUUUGGGAUGUUUAUGGAGCGUGCAUGCUAGAGUGGAAAAUUCUAGUAAAGCUUUUGUUAUUAAACAAUUUGAUGAUGUUCAUACGUGUGGAUCUUCUUUUCGUACAAUUAAACAUACUAGGAUGACUUCGAGUAUGAUUGGUGGGCUAAUUUCAAGUGAGGUUCGUAAUAAGGCUUUGACAUCGAUUAGUGAGGCGGUUUGUGAUUUCCAGGACUAUUAUGGAACAGAAGUUUCUUAUCGGCGAGCUUGGAUGAGUGUUGAAAAACCAAGGGAUGUUAUUUUUGUUGACUAUUCAUCUUCAUUUGAUGAUCUUCGUUGGUAUAUCGAUACCGCUAAUGAUUGUAAUCCAGGGAGUGUUUUUGAUAUGGAAUUUGAUAUUGAUAGUAAAGGAAGACAUUUCAAAUGCUUGUUUUUCUCUUUUGAGGCAUGUAUUCAUGGUUUCAAGUAUUGUCGACCUGUGUUGAUGCUUGAUGAAACUUUCUUGAAAGGAAGACACAAAUGUUGUUUAUUGGCUGCUACGGAAAAAGACAGUAACCAAGGUUUAUAUCCAUUAUGUUUUGCCAUUGUUGAUAGUGAACGUUAUGACAAUUGGCAUUCGUUAUUGUCAAAGUUAUUUGCUAUUUUGACACCGGGAAGGGAUAUUACGUUUGUUACUGAUCAACAUGCAGGUUUGCUGAAAGCUUUAGCUAAGGUCAUUUCGUUUUCUUCUCAUUCUUUUUGUCCAACGCAUUUGAAAACAAACUUGAAGACUUAUUUGUCAGUGAAGAGUCGCGAAUCUAAAGAGUAUUUGCUCACUCCUUUUAGUAGAUGUGCAAAUGCUCCUACUAUUGAGUUGUUUAAUGAGCUAUUUGAAGAAUUUAAGGGUCGUUGUGGUCGUAAUGUUCAGAAGUUUCUUGAGGAUUACUACCAUGUUCGUAGUUAUUGUGAUUCUUAUUUACAUUCUAUCUAUCCAGUUCCUAGUAUGUGGAAGCCAAAUAUAGUUCUUGAUGAUGACGUUGUUUUACCUCAUCUUUGUAAGAAACUAGUUAGAUGUCCAAGAACAGAGAGAAUACCUUCGAAGGGCGGAUCAAGAGAAUUAGGUGCAGUAGGUGUGGAAAGAUGGGAACUCAUAAUCGAAAGACAUGUAAAGAAGCUUGCUUUAGUUGUAUUGAUUUUAAUUGAAUUACUUUUGUAG